AUUUAGUAUCUUCGCGGAGUUUAUGCUGGAAACACGUGUAAACAAGUUUUUUUUUUAAUAUUAUGUUACGUCAUAUAAUUAUUCUGUUGUUGAGUGGUUGUUGUCUUACUAUCGAGAUCUUGAAUUUAGAAGAAGGAGCUGAUUGCGAAUGGAAUAAAGUUCCUGGAAAGUGUGUGAAUACAUACAACUGUUUGAGCACUUUCAUUGAUAUUAGAGAUAAGAAAUUUGCACCGAUAUGUAGUUUUGCUGGAAAAGAGCCUAUCAUAUGCUGCACGGACGGCCAAUUUAAUAAUACCAGAAAUGUUAUCUUUGAUGAUAGUUUGGGUUUUAUCCGCAAAGGUAAACAAAAAGCGCAAAAUAAGUGCUUGGAAUACAUACAUAGAUUUGAUUAUACGUGCAAAACAGGAACGAGCAUUAGUUUAUACAGGAGACUUAUUAAAGAAAAAAAUUGCUAUGAAAUAAGUGCAUCUUAUUCUUCUGCAUCUUAUGGAGGUGUAAAUGCUUUCAGACAGCAGUAUCCGCACAUGGCUUUACUAGGGUAUGGUCCUGAUGUCACAACAGCGGACUGGCUUUGUUGUGGUUCUGUCAUCAGCGAGAAAUUCAUCCUCACUGCCGGUCACUGCUUGUCAAGUACUGCAGUAGGCGAAGUGAAAUACAUAGCCUUGGGAAUAUUGAAACGCACUGAUCCUCAAGAGUUGUGGCAGAAAUACAAUGUGAAGAGAGCUAUACCCCACCCAGAGUAUAAGCCCCCAUCGAAAUACCAUGACAUUGCUUUGCUCGAAACUGAUAAGACGAUCACCUUCAGUAGGGACGUGUUACCAGCUUGCCUGCAUUCUUCCGGGCCGACAUACAACCAUCUAUACGCCACUGGUUGGGGAGCCUUAGGACAUCGAAGAGAGCUGGCAGACACCUUGCAAGCGGUCAACGUAUCUCAAUACAGUGAAGAGGAAUGUAUGAAGCAAUACCCUGUUCACAGACUUCUAAAACAUGGAUAUAAUCACACCAUACAAAUGUGCUACGGUGAUAGGGACGAGCCAAAAGACACGUGCGAGGGCGACAGUGGAGGGCCUCUGCAGGCUGACACGAAAUGCGCACACACAAUUGUUGGCGUUACUUCAUACGGCAGACAGUGCGGGAUUUCUGCCGGAUCCGGGAUUUACACCAGAGUCAUCCACUAUGUACCUUGGAUUGAGAGCAUUGUAUGGCCAUAAACACUGACAUAAACUACUUAAAUAACUACUGCUAAUGAAAUAAAGAAUGUGAGAAAUUAAAUGGAGUUGAAAGUAA